AUGGAUCGACAGUCUACGCCGCCGCUGGGAACCUCGCCGCAGCGACGACCCUCCUGGUUCUCGAAUAUAUCUUCCAAGUUCUCGGCUUCCUCCCCAGCGGUGCCCCAGAUUGCGUCGGUGCCGGAGAACCAACCCCUUGCUCAACCCAAGCCGGUUGCCGCGAAGGCUGCUUCCGUCCCGCAAGGAGGCCGAAAUGGCAAUGACGCGCCGUACACACCGGCGCCUCCACGGGUCAAUCCCGGCAGCAAUCUUUUGGGUAUUUUUCGUCGCCUUUCAUCAGGUGCAGCUGGCUUAGGGCAUGGUAUGAGGGGCAACCAUGGCCUCGUGGAGCGAAGAGUUCUGAAUAUCGAUGAUGGACGCGAGCGCUGCAAGAUAGACGAGUUGAACCAAGCGAAGCUUAGAAGAGUUGCAUUCUGUGUUGACGUGGAGAUUGCGCCACAACCUAAAUAUGCCGAUGAUCCUUCUCGGAAGAAGAAGUCGGACAAGAAGACUGAUCCAACUGAAAAGAAUGGUACAACGGCGGCGUCAUUGAAGGAUUCCGCAGCCAGUGAACCUAACGGCUCUCCGCCACGCCCAGAGUCGGCGGAAGGCAAGGCUGCGCCAAAUUCUACAGCAGAUAACGGCGCGGCCAAAAAGAAGAAAGAGAAGAAAAAGAAGAGCGAAGAAGAACGCAAAGCUAGGAAAGAGAAGAAGAGAAAAGUUGCCGAGGCCAACGGCACGAUACCUAUGGAAAUUCACCGGUCAAGUAGCGAUUCCUCCCUCGAAACCACCACAGCCGCCUCCGCCACCGGUCCGGUGACGCCAAAAGUGUCGAGCCUCCCGACCACGAAUCCCGUGAGGAUAUACCGACGAUGUUGUCAACUUCGCGAGACUCCCAUUCUCAAGAAGAUAACCGAACAGCUAUCGGAUGCAUCUAAUUGCUCGACAGAGACCGGCUUUGUCGAGAAGCUAGACCUCUCGGGUUAUUGGAUGCAACUUCCAGAUCUCAUCACCCUUGGUGAUUACCUCGCUGUCGUACCCGUUAAGGAGAUUUUCCUUGAGGGCUGCGGCUUGACUGAUGAAGGUCUUCGAGUAGUGUUGGCCGGUCUACUUGCCGCUAAGAAGCCAGACUCGAGGAGGCGGAGAUACGCCAACUAUGCGGACCAUUCAGUCCAAGGCGGGGUGAUAGAGCGUCUGGUCUUGAAAAAUAACAAGAUUGGACCGGAGGGAUGGAAGCAUGUUUGCCUGUUUAUCUAUCUCUGCCAUUCUCUCAAGUUCCUCGACCUAUCUGGAAUCCCAUUCCCGCAUCCGCCUCAAGAGCCGGUCCAGAAUGGAAACGGGAACGGCGUGGCGGCGUCACCAACCUACACUCACGUAUCCUCAUCUGCCAAUAUCGCUUACCUCCUCUCACGAUCGCUCGGUGAACGCUUGGCAGGUUCGGACCUUGAACUUCUUAAUCUGGGAGAAACCGGGCCCGCGCCGGAGCAGCUCGGCGUCAUCAUUGAUGGCGCGAUAAAAUGCGGCCUUCGCAGACUAGGCUUGGCACGGAACAACAUUGACGAGGAGGGGGUCGCGCACGUCGCUCGAUAUCUACAGGGCGGGACGUGCGAAGGUCUCGAUCUAUGCGGCAAUGAUCUUAACGACUACAUCGAGACUCUUGCAACCGCAAUCGGAGAAAGCCACAAGUUGUGGGCUUUGAGCUUGGCGGACUGCAGCCUUGGACCGACAUCCAUUUGCAAAAUCUUCCCUCCACUCCUUAAGCUGAGUGACUUCCGCUUCAUUGAUUUAUCGCACAACCCGGAGCUAUUUAAGAACGAGGCGAGGGCCAUGCAGGCUUUGCGACGGUACUUGCCCAAGAUGCUGUACCUAAAACGCAUACACCUUGCAGAUGUUUCUAUGACAUCGGACCAGGCCAUUGCCCUUGCAGAGGUCUUGCCAGAAGUACCGCAACUGGCCCAUAUUAGUCUCCAAGAUAACCCCGAUCUAGCGAAGCUCGCGGAUGCACAUACGGAGGAGGCUCAAGAGGAAGCAUGUGCUCUCUAUGCCUCGCUGUUGGCGGCAGUGCGUGUGUCGAAGACCCUUGUCUCUGUGGAGAUAGACGUGCCUACCGAGGAAUCCAGCGAGGUGGUUAAGGCGCUGGCGAAGCAGGUCGUCGCAUACUGUUUGCGCAAUAUGGAGCGCUUGCAAGUCGGUGAUCUCGAAGAUUCGGCGGCAGCCGAAGUUAUCGUUCCGUAUCCUGAUGUUCUCGCGCAUCUGGUUGGUCGCGAGGAAUCCGGCUAUGAUGAGGCUAGUGCGGAUACCGAUGCUGCUCCUGAUGACGACUACGUUAUCGGAGGCACGGGUGUCGUUAAGGCUCUUGCCUGCUGUCUCGAUAACAAGGGGAAUGGAGACGAAUCGCGGAGACCCAGUUUCGAGUCUCUUCGCGAUGCGGGAAGCGGGUCCACCACACCAGGUGUGGGGUUGGCGGCGCCUGGCAGAGCGAAGAACAUGUCGAAGCACCUCCUCUCGAGCGCUCGCAAGAUACGCGCCAGGUUGCAGCCUGCUCUUGCUAGAGCUAAGGAGCAAUCAGGAGACAAGGCUGAGGAUCUGCGUAAGCUGAUCUUCCUGGAGUACACCCUGAAUGGUAUCAUCAAGCGGUUUGAGGAGGAGUUCCCAGAGACCAGAGAGAUAGGGGAGGUCGCGCAAGACGCCGUUCAGCCUAUCGACAGUACCGAGCAGCCCCAGGACGCAGACAUGCAGCAAAGCAUACCUUCUCUCCCGGAAGGAGAGGACAGUAUCUGCCUACUUUCAGAUGCGGAAGAGGACGAGGACGCGCUCCAUAUCCGGCCUAUUUCCCGGUCGUCGUCCUUGCACACGCAUACCAAGCCCCUUGACCUCGAAGAAGGACGCAUGCACCGCCGUGGUCAUCGGUUCCGAACCGGUAUCGUCAACCCGUUCGAGAAAUACGAAGAAGUCCUAGUCACAUCCCUUGAUGAGAUGGGCGAGAAUCCCAAGCAUCUCCAAAUGCUACGUGACAUGAUUGACGACCUCAAUGAUCCCGUCCUGGACGCGGCUGUAGCUGAAAAGGGACCGGUGCGGACAUUCAAGGAGGAGAGGGAACGUGUCGUCGAGGGGCUGCAAGGCGUCGACCCCGAGAACUGGGAGAAGUUUAGGGAGAGCCAAGUCAUUACGAGAAAGAAUAUUAACGUUGACGAGGGCUGGCCCCCCAGAGCUAGUGAAGCUGCGGCGGUUGUUAACGCGAAGAACGAGAGUGCUAUCGAGGAGUGA